ACAGACGAUACUGCGUCGAACAUCCCCGUACGGAGUCUGUACGGGGUAUGUAGUAGGGUAUGUAGUAGUAUCCGAGCUCUAUCCUAUCUGUCCCUGACCGGAAAUCCAGACCUGUUCCCCUUUGCUUCCGCAGACAUGUGAAAAUUGUGGCUGCUGGCCACAGCCACAUAUUGUUGAUAUUUGUGCAUUAUUCUUAUUAUUCAGAUCAUGUGUCGUCAUCUUUUUCUUUUUUUUUCUUGUCCGUUGCUUUUUGCUGUCUCGAGCGAGGCCAGCCUUGUCGAGAGCCUCAGCAUUCUUCCGUAUUCUUUUCUUAUUUCAUGUAUUUUUCAUACAAUGUGCGCAUUAAAAUUUAAUAAAUAAAUAAAUAAAAACUAAAUAAAAAAACACGCAUGCAACGAGGGAAUUUCAAACACCCCGAAAAAUAUUCGGGGAUCCCCAAGUCAACACACUCUACGGGGACACGGGGUAAAUUGCCACAUAUACGUCGGUAGUUUUUGGUGGUUCGGUUCUACACUGCCUAUAAGUGUACGGGGUGUAGUAAUUACUAUCUCAGGUGAAUCGGAUCGAAAUCAAAAUCCACCUCGGCUUCUUCAGCUGCGUUUUGCAUCAUCGUGGAUGUCGCGUGAAUGCGCAAUCGUCUAGACCGGUAUAAUAAUAACUUGAUGACUCCAGCAGGAAGAGCUUCUUGAAGCCGACCGUUUUUCCAUAUUUCACCCUUUUUUUAUUCUAUUUAUUAUCACUUAUUUUUAAUCCAGGUUUCACUCUUGGCUUUUGUGACUCUGACGGAUCCGAUCCCAUGACAUGAUUCUUCUCUGAUCGCUGCCCCUGAUCAUCAACGGUGAAAAGCAACGCAGUGCGGAUAGGAUACAUAUAGUCAUACACCUAUACGUGCAUAUAAUCUGUCGCAUACUCGGGUCACCAGCACAGAGAAAUUUAUCCGCUUACCCGUCAUCUUAUUGAUCCUCUUCGACAUAUCCUGUAUUCCGUGUAUCCUGUACAGCUGCGGGAUUCGAUUAUCCGCACGCUUUCUGACUUGACUUUGCAAGGGGUAUCCGAACACGCAAGGUAAGCCCUGUCAUUGGCGUAUUCCUCUAACCCGCAUGGCUUUCCCCGGUUCCUUUGGACAGGAAAAAAAGAGAGAGUUUAUGAAUCAUCGUCCCCGGUGAACAUAAAAGAUCCAGCCAGAGGAACAAGGGAAACGGCCAUUUGCCGUGGGCUGACGGCUAACUCCUCCAGGAUUACCAGUAGGAUUGACCCAGCAGACAAUCAAAUAAUCCCUCUGUUUGCCUCGUACCUGUUCUACUCUCGAAAACGUGAAAAGCAGGGCAUUUCUGCAUCAUUGACCAUGGCCCCACUGCACUCUCACGCUCCCCAACUCCAAGCUCUGGGAGCUUCCCCAUCUCCCCAGUCUCACUCCUCUUCCUCUCACAUCUACAACUCCUCCUCCUCCUCCUCCCCGUCCACUUCCUCCACUGCCAUCGCUCGAGACCGUCUCCUCUCCAUCUCCUCGCACCUCAUGGGUUCCUACAGCCCGUCCGUCUUCACUGCUGGGGUCGUCCCCAAGGCGCCGGAGGACCCUCUCUUCGGUCUCGCCAAAGCAUUUCGCCUGGACAAAUCCGACAAGAAGAUCGAUCUCGGAAUCGGCGCGUACAGAGACAACAACGCGAAGCCCUGGAUCUUGCCCGUGGUCCGCAAGGCCGACGCCGCAAUCCACAACGACCCCGACGUCAACAACGAGUAUCUCCCCAUCGCGGGUCUGCCCAGUUUCACGUCUGCCGCUCAGAAGCUCAUCUUGGGCGCUGAUAGCGCGGUCAUUCGUGAUGGUCGAGUAUGCACCCUUCAAACCAUCUCUGGCACGGGCGCCGUCCACCUAGGCGGUCUUUUCCUGUCCAAAUUCCACCCCCAGCACCCCCAGGUCUAUGUCUCCAACCCCACGUGGGCAAACCACCAUCAGAUCUUCGACAACCUCGGCCUGUCCGUCGCCAAGUACCCGUAUUUCUCCCCCAAGACCAAGGGCCUAGAUAUCGAUGGCAUGCUUGAGACCCUGCGCGCGGCCCUGCCCGGCUCCAUCAUCCUUCUCCACGCCUGUGCCCAUAACCCGACCGGCGUAGAUCCCACCCAGGAGCAGUGGAAGGAAAUCGCCGCGGUGAUCCGCGAGCGUCAGCAUUUCCCCUUCUUCGACACCGCCUAUCAGGGCUUCGCGUCCGGUGAUCUGGUCCGCGACGCGUGGGCCAUUCGCUAUUUCGCCGAGCAGGGCUUCGAGUUCUGUGUCGCUCAGUCGUUCGCGAAGAAUCUGGGUCUGUACGGCCAGCGUACGGGUGCUUUCCACUUCAUCUCUGCUCCCGGAACGAAUGCUGCGAUGGCAAACCAGAACAUCGCUACUCAACUCGCUGUCCUGCAGCGUUCCGAGAUCUCCAAUCCCGCCGCGUACGGGGCUCGGAUUGCCAGCCGUAUUCUCAACGACCCCCAGUUGUUCGCCGAGUGGGAGCAGGAUCUCCGGACCAUGAGCGGCCGUAUCCAGGAAAUGCGUAAGGGCCUGCGUGCUCGAUUGGAGGCCAAGGGCACCCCGGGCACUUGGAAUCACGUGACCGACCAGAUUGGCAUGUUCAGUUUCACCGGGUUGACAGAGACCCAGGUGAAGAUUUUGAGAGAAAAGUGGCACAUCUACAUGACCAAGAAUGGACGCAUCUCUGUCGCCGGCCUCAACACGAAUAACAUCGACUACUUCGCCGAGGCUGUUGACAGCGUCGUUCGCGAGACUACCUCGUGAUUACCGUUCAUGCUGUUCAUGCCACUGUCUAUCUAAUGCUCGUUUACGCAACUUGAUUCGUUCUUUGCUUUUUUUUUUUUUUUUU